UGGUUGGUUUAGCUCGCAAAAGAGGGACGGGAGAGGCGGCGGGCGUUGCUGUUUGAAUUGCAUUAGUCGCAUUGAUUAAAAAAAGAAAGCAGCCGAGGAGUGGCGGACAGUGGUGUGACGUUUUCAUACAAGAUGGCAGUCACCUUACCCUCCCCGAGGGGCUUUUUUUCUGAUGAAGAGGAGGCCCCAGUUUUCGAGUCAACAGCUGCUGACCUGCCUUCAGGAAUUCGCAAAGGCCUGCUUUCGGAGUUCUCGGUAAUCUCGCCAGGAGCAGAUAACUUGCAUGAGCAUAAGCCCCAGAGUAUUCCAGAAGCGAGUCCUGAGGAUGGCAGUGAAAAGGUAAAGGUCUACCUGAGAAUUCGCCCCUUCACCGAUUCAGAGCUGGAGAAAGGAGAGGAGCAGGCUUGUGUCUCCUGUGAGACCUCCCAGACUCUGCUGCUGCAGGCUCCCAGAGACUCCUUUGCCAUGAAGAACACUGAACGUGGAGUCGGGCAGUCGCUGCACAAGUUCACCUUCUCACAGAUCUUUGGUCCUGAAACCACACAGAAGCAGUUCUUCAAUGAUACUAUGAAGGAAGUUGUGAAGAAUGUCUUGGAUGGUGAAAACCGGCUAAUCUACACCUAUGGUAUCACCAAUUCCGGAAAGACUUACACGAUCCAGGGUACGACUUAUGAUGGAGGAAUUCUACCUCGUUCUCUCUCUACGAUAUUUAACACGAUCAAGGGAAAGCUGUAUAACAGGAUGGACCAGAAGCCUUCACUGUGUAAUGAUGUGGUCUGUUUGACUAACAAGCAGAUCCAAGAAGAAGAGAUGAAGAAAUGGACUUUUCUGAGAGAGGAUGAGCAGACUCCGCUGAAGGACAGCAGCUUCAGGUCCAGGCUGGGCACGAGUGUCAGCUUCGACAGUGGCAUCGGGGGUGUGUCAGCAAUGGGCAGCCAUUUUGAUGAUUCUGAAAGCAGAUAUGCUGAUGUAGAAACUGUGCCUCUGGCCAAAAAGAGUGGUGUGCGCUACUCCUUAUGGGUCUCGUUCUUUGAGAUUUAUAAUGAAUUCAUUUAUGAUUUGCUGGAUAUGAAUUCCUCCAAACAGAAAGGCAAAAGGCAGACCCUGCGGCUCUGUGAUGACAAGUAUGGGAAUCCCUAUGUGAGAGAUCUGAACUGGAUAAACGUCUGCAGUGCAGAAGAAGCCUGGAAGGUGUUGAAAGUUGGCCGUAGAAACCAAAGCUUUGCCAGUACUCAUCUUAAUCAGAACUCUAGUCGCAGUCACAGUAUCUUCUCUGUCCGCGUUCUACACAUAAAUGAUGAGCAGCCUGAUGUUACCCCUCUAAUCAGCGAGUUGUCCCUGUGUGAUCUUGCUGGAUCAGAACGGUGCAAAGAGCAGAAGUGUGGGGACCGCCUGAAAGAGGCCAAUAACAUCAAUACGUCUCUUCACAUGCUGGGCCGCUGCAUCGCAGCUCUGCGGCAGAACCAACAGCAGAAAACUAAACAAGUGGUCCCGUUCAGAGACAGUAAGCUGACUCGAGUCUUUCAAGGCUUCUUCUGUGGUCGGGGAAAGUCUUGUAUGAUUGUCAACAUUAACCAGUGUGCCUCCUUGUAUGACGAGACUCUGCAUGCCCUGAAAUUUUCCGCAAUUGCCACACAGCUCAUCCACUCUCUGCCUUCGAAGUCGAGGGUCGCCUACAUCCAGUCGCUUCUUAAAGAGCAAGGCCUGCGUACCAGUGAGGGCACCACUGAGAUCGACGAGUCUUGUGAUGAAAGUGUCGACUGUGACGACUCGGUGUACCCUGAUGCAGAAGCCCUGCUGAAUGCUAUUGAAAUCCUCCAAGACAAACUGAUACACGAGAGGCAGGAGAAAGAAAGCUUGGAAUCCCGCAUUCGAGAUGAGGUCUUCAACGAAAUGAUGGAGCACAUCAAUGAAAGGGAGAGGCAGUUCAGUGAAAUGCUGGAGAAUGAGAGGGAGCUGCUGGAGCACCGAUAUGAAGCAAAAAUCGAAAACCUGCAAAACUCCUGGAGAAAUUAUUACCUGCAAAAAAUUGAGGAACACGAAGAGCAAAUCAAGGAGCUUCAGAGUUUACAACAAGACCACGGUGACCAGCUGGACCAGUCGGCUGUAAGAGAGAGUGGGAUGAGGAGGUCCAAGAGAAUCUCCAGUCAACAGGAGGUGCUGGCGCACUGUCGGGAGGACCUGAGCAAGACCAAGGCAGAGCUGCUGCUGCGGAUGACGGAGCUGCAGGACAAAAGCAAAGAACUCCAGAGGUAUCAGGAUUUAGUGUCCUUGCCACCCUCUGCCAGCAUGUUGACGUCUGCAGUGGACCGCAAAUUGGAAGAAGGCCAGAAGAGCAUCCGACUGCUGCGGUCCGAGCUUCAGAAGUUGGGGGAGUGGCUCCAGUCAGCUGAGCGGGCAUGCUGCCGCAACGCCAACGCCGAGAAGCUCCGCCAGACGCUGGGCACUUGUGAUGAGAUCCUGUCCAAGCAGGACCAGACGCUGGCCGAGCUGCAGAACAACAUGACGCUGGUCAAGAUGGACCUGAGGAAGAAGACGGUGUGCAUCGCCGAGCAGUUCAACACGGUGCGUGCCCUCAAGGAGAACCCCCCCACUUUGUGCAAACGGCGGGGGGCCGCCAACGAAGAGAACCUGCAGCCCCAGAAAAAGCCCUUCCUCCGUUCGCUGUUCAACAAGACCCCCACCCGCCCGGUCCUCGGCCCCAACGGCCCGUACGCCAGCAUCCUGCGCUCCCGCCAGAGGACCCCCGCACCGGUGACCCCCCAGAAACGCUUCAAGUGCUAAGGACUCUGUUCUGGGGCGACGGCCACUGGGUGGUCUUCCUGUGUUUUUGUGUUUUUAGUUCGAUAAACGCGUCCCACGCUGAUGGCGUCGUUUUUCUACCUUCUGUGCAAUAUCUGUCAGCGUGUUUGAAUUAAAGGUGGCAUUUCGUA